GGAGUCUCCAAGUCAGACAAUGCUGAUCUCGUAAGCAUACGAAGCAUCUCACAGACUCAUCAGUGAGCAGGUAUAAGUAUCUUGACGAUUUGAGAUAGAUACUACAGAGCUACGAGUCCAAUGGCUUCUUUCCGUUUGAUUGCUCUUGAACUUCCUUGUGAGCAAUGCCACUAAGCGCUAAGAAGCGUGUUUGUGAUCGUUGUAUCCGCAAAAAGGUGAAAUGUGACUUACAGCGGCCUUGCUGCUCGCGCUGCUCAGAGGCAGGCUUGCCUUGCACCUACUCAGCAGAGCGCAAGAAACCCGGUCCGCCGCGAGGAUCGCGUCGGCAGAGACAUGCAGCCUCACCCUCAAUAGGCUCAGCUUCAACUGAGACGCCGGUGACGCCGAAUGAUCAGGGGGCUAUCUCCAUGACGCUAGACCAAAGCUGUCUUGCACAUGUGCCGGACGCUAUACCCCCAGAUACGUUUCAAGAUUUUCGUAUACCUCAACAAGAAGUGCAAUUUGGAGAGUUCUCCCUCCAUAACUCUUUAUAUGAUCCAGUGCUCACGAUAGCACGCACUGGGAGCCAUAUCACAUACCCUGGGUACUCGUUGAGUCGUGACCACGAAAGGGGCCUCCUUGUGCAUUUCUUCGAUGAGGUGCAUUCCGCAAUACCACUGUUUCGAACCGAACACUUUCUCAAACAAUUUGAUGAUGGUCUAGUGGAGAAAACCCUGCUUGUGGCCAUUGUCACAGUGACUGCGAGAGUUCUGGGUCCUGUUAGCUUCUGGAAGCCUGAAGACGUGGAGUUAUGCAUGAAGUUUCUGCUCGGAACUGCAUCGCCUGAAACUGCUGGUAAUACUGAUAGGAGCCUCGAGUCUUUCAGAUUGGAAUGUCUACUCGCUUACUAUGAGUUCCAUCAAUUUCCAGGGUCUAGUUCCUGGAUGCGGAUAAGUAGACUCGCCCGGAAAGCUUACAGAGUCGGUAUAAAUCAAAUUGAAAAUCCAGAAUUAUGUUCAGCCGUCGACUUCUCUACAGCGACUGAAGAAGACUUGGAGGAUUGGCGUCAUCUCUUCUGGUGCAUUUAUUGUUUGGACUCUUACUCGAACAUCACUGUCGGAACUCCUUUUGUUGUUGAGCUUGAAAGCAUCAAUACGUCACUCGCAACAAAGCCGUACAACCAAGCUGAUGAGCUUCUGGUUUCCAUCCCCAAAGUAUUUCUACCUGAUGAGGUUGAAGAUAUUUGGAAAACAGCAAAGGCAGUCAUCUCUAACGGCAUCAUGAUCAACUACAACCUUCAUAUGGUCACGACGACCAUUUUGCGGCAAGCUGGCUACCUUAUGAGGUUGCGAACGGAGGGAAAAAGACUGCCUACCAAGACCACGGCUCUCAAAGGCGCCCUGGCCGCCUUGCGACUUGCUCUACCCCAUCGAUAUCUCAAUCCUGCGAGAAAUGCCCUCAGUGGUGAAUCGUGCCGAGAUCACCAUGCCAGGCUCACUAAUAUUCUUCAUUUACACAUGGCUCAUUUAAUCACGGCUCUGCCUCCCAAGCUUGAUGGAAAUGAUGAGGAGUUCAUGCAGAAUUGGCUGGCAACUCUUGAACCGUGUCAAAAUAUCAUUUCGGUAGUGGAACAAUGGGAUAAUCAGCACUCCCCUCGGAUUGAUCCGGCAAUAUGUUUUAUCGUAUAUUCAGCUCUUUGCUUCCUAGAAAUACAUCGCUGGAGCACGGCUGACCCUGAAAUCCCUAUCAUUGCAGGCCUUGAUCAAGGUCAAAACUUACUGCUCCUGUUCCUGGAACAUUUCUCAAGCAUGUGGGAAGUGCCUCGAUUCCUUAUACGCCAGUUCAGAAAAGCGCAGCACAGGUAUAAAGCCACAAGGUUGGCCUGCACUGAGAUCGAUUAUCUUUUGAGCCGAUUUAAAACUCCUUUACACCCCAAGGCACUUGAACACCCCCUUUCUACCCCGGCGACAGCACCACAUAUAAAUAUGGACAGCGAUAUGACAAUACAGCUUGACGACCUUUGGUCUUUCGAUGUGCAUGAUCUCGGCUUGUGAACCAGCACGACUUUCCGUCUCUCGAGCCUCCAAUGCGUUUGAUUGUGCUCACUAGAACCAGACAAACAGAGUGGGAUAAUAUAUGUGGCCUGCGAUAAGAGGGACAUACCUAUCGGACCCCUCUCUUAAGAUACAGAAAGAUGGCAUAAUUUUCAAACCGGAUGUUAUGUGAGGUUCCGCUGAUGCAGAUGCCCUAAUUCACCUUACCAGACUGAGCUCUCCCUCGCUAUGUUAAGGGCACUAGUAGAGUCUCAAGCGAGCGACACAUACUUAAAAGUUAGCCUCCUCAAAAACAAUGACUACUAGGGGACAUCUUCAAUUACGCCUUGGAUUAUAUCUGCUACCCGAAUUUCAAUCAGUUCAACCUUCUAACGACAUAGAGGGACACGAUGACGAGGUGAUUCGCGGACACAGGGAUGCAAGGAUGCUCUGCGAACUUUGAAUUCACUAGACUGAUUGUUUCAUAAUGUACGAGUUAAUUUUAUAUACCCAGAGAGCGAUAUCAGAAAACAGAACCUCGUAUGUCGCAAGUUCAGCCCAAAAUAUGAGUGAUCUUCUUCUUCUCGUUCAAUCCUAGGUAGACAGUAUCGAGAUG